UCACGAGGAUAAUGUGCGGAACAUCAUUUUCAGGUAUUUUGGUUGGCACACGACUGGGACUUCUGUCAAGUGUGUAUCAUCAUGGCCGCCACCAAGCCGUCGAAAAAGCAGCGCGGUAAGCUGAAAGCCGCCAAGGCCAGGAAGGAGACGGCCAAGUCGCACGUCAAGUUUGACGACAAUGGAGACCAGGUGGUACCCAAGAAGCGAGCACGCGUGAUUAAGAAGAAGAAUGCCGAGGAGGUGAAGGAGGGUGGUGGCAAGGCGGAUCGAUCACCGGACAUGAUCCAGCAGGCCAACUACUAUCUCGAGCAGUGGAAGAAGCGCAACGAACCCAAGGCUGAUGACGAGCUACCCUGGAAGUUCAAGACAAUCAAGCAGCAGUGGAUUCUGCGGUGGAUGUACGAGGCUGACAUCGUGCCCAAGUCUAUGUUCGCCAUUGUGCUGGAAUAUCUCAAUGGUAUCCAGGGUGCUGCUCGCAAGCGUGUAAUGGAUUCAGCCCAAGAGAUCAUUGACAUUGGCGUCCCAGCAAAAGAAGAGGAAGAAGCGGCGGCUGAGGAGAAGGAAAAAAUGCUCAGUAUUAAGCUUGCUCGGCGACGUUACAAGCGUGCCUUGCAGGUGGCGGAACUGCUGGCCUAAAAUGCUUCUAGAAACAAAAAUGUCUAUUUUUGCUUGUCUGCUUCCCAUGGUGGCAUCUUGAUUUGGCUUUAAAAAGUCC